GGCCGGCCUCAAAAGAGUGCGUGUUUCCUGCCCCCAGAGAGAGGCGGUUGAGUAUGGAGGUGUUCCCGUCCCCCCUGGAGUCCGCCCGGUUUAUAGCCGGGAACAGCGAAGAUGUUUGGGUGGACGAGGAGGGGGCACGGCGGGUGGCGGAGAGUUUGUUCGACAGAGCCUCGGCGGCAGAGUUCGGGCUGGCGGGGUGGAAGAGCCUCCACGAGCUGAACCCGCGGGCCGCCAGCGCGGAGGCGGUGGACUGGGUCUUCCUGGUGGACUCGCUCAACUUCUCCUUCUGGUCCGAGCGGGAGGACCACAAGUACCUGGUGACCUACAAGGGGAAAACCUACAGCGGCUACUGGUCCCUCUGCGCCGCCGUCAACAGGGCCCUGGACGACGGAAUACCUAUUACCAGUUCAUCGUAUUUUGCCACCAUGACGCUUCAACAAGUUAGGCACGUAUUUCGCUCUGACACUGAAGUGCCCAUGCCUUUGAUUGAAGAACGACAUCGAGUGCUGAAUGAAAGCGGAACAGUUCUGUUAGAGAGAUUUGGAGGAUCUUUCCUCACCUGUGUUAAAAUGAGUGAGAGAAGUGCUCAGAAACUACUAUAUCUAGUACUGGAAAAUUUUCCUUCAUACAGAGAUGAAGCUGUGUUUCAGAAAAAAAAAGUAUCUUUCUAUAAACGGGCACAGAUACUGGUGGCUGAUACAUGGAGUGUAUUAGAAGGCAAAGGAGAUGGCUCUUUCGAUGACAUUUCUAGUCUGACAAUAUUUGCUGACUACAGAAUUCCUCAAGUUCUUGUUCACUUAAAAGCAAUGAAUUAUUCUGAAGAACUAAUGAAGAAACUACGUGAAGGAACAAUUUUCCAGUCUGGAGAUAAAGAGGAGGUGGAGAUCCGUGGCUGUUCUAUUUGGUGUUGUGCAUUGAUUUGUAAGCACCUGCUGGAGCUCUAUGAGAAGAAGGGUCAUGACAUGCGUGAAAAGAUCAAUGCAGUUUUACUCGAUUAUUAUCUUUGGGACUAUGCCAGGGAUCAUAGGGAAGAGAUGAAAGAUAUUCCAUUUCACCGAGUACGGUGUAUAUAUUACUAAGGCCAGUCUGAUACCAAUUUUUCUGAUGAAUUAUCUUUUGAAUUGCAUUUUGUCGUAUACUAGUUUGGAACUGGCUAAUUCAAAUGCUCAUUUUGUGAUGAUGUAUCAAUAGCUUGCUUAUCAAAAUCAGAAUCUUUUGCUCACUAUGACUGGAAUUAAUAGUGUAAACUUUGCUGGACAAUUCACCUUGAUUUGGCAUUUAUUA